UUCAAAUUGUUGUUCUUGAUCAUCGCGCUGGUGCUGUACGCGCUGCUGCUGAUGCCGGGCUUCAUCAGAGUGGGUGGGAUGAUCGUGUACUACUUCUUCAGUCCCGACGUGGUUCGCGGCGUCAUGUACGGAUCUAAGCCCCGGCAGCGGCUGGAUCUGUACUUCCCCCGGCAUGCCCGUGAUGACGUCACCUACCCGGUAGUUGUGUACGUCACAGGUGGCGCCUGGACCAUUGGUUACAAGGCCUGGGGAGCGCUCCUUGCCCGGCGGCUGAGCGAGCAGGGCGUGUUGGUGGCAUGUCUGGAUUACCGCAACUUCCCACAGGGUGACGCGCUGGACAUGUUGGAGGAUGUCAACACCGGCAUCAGCUGGGUGCUAUCCCGCAUCCACCGAUUCGGGGGGGACCCGGACAGCGUCACGUUGGUGGGCCAGUCGGCGGGCGGCCACCUGGCGGGGCUGGCGCUCAUCAAGCAGGUGGGCAAGGGAGAAACAGGGGGGGGGGUAAACAUGGGACCGGCUAGUCGCCUGGCGGCCUUUGUGGGCGUCUCGGGUGCAUUCGACCUAGUGGGCCUGGCCGCCCACCGGGGGGACAUCCGCAGCAACUUCCGGCGGGGGAUGUGGGGGUGGAAGCGCCCCGCGUACGACACGUUGUCGCCGCUGCAGGCCGCCCGUCGGCUGCCUCCGGGCGCCGCGGGCAUGUUGCCGUACGUACUGUUGAUCCACGGUACGGCAGACAAGACGGUGCCGGCGGAGGGCAGUGCGCAGCUGUGCGAGGCGCUGCAGUCCUCUGGCGCCCCCAGCUGCCGCUGCCUGCUCAUCCCCGGCAAGACCCACACAGCCUUCCUGUUGGAGGACCCCAUGCGGGGGGGCAGGGACCUGCUCAUGGACACAGUCCUGGGGGCGGUCAAGGGGAGCGGGGACUCGGCAGCGGGGGAGGGGGACCUGGAGGACGGCCGCGGCGGGGGAAGUGGCAGAGGGAUCGGAGGGGGUGAUGGAGACCGCGGCGGCGCUGGCACGACCGGGGUCGAGAGCGGCCGCAUGUACAGCAGUCUAUGCCCAGCGUUCCUCUGCAAUUUGGCGGGCAGGGUGUGCCCGUUUUGA